AUGUUGAAGACGCUAUUAGAAAAACCUGAUGAUGACAUUAAAUCAAUUUUAGUACCUAUGAAACCGUUAACACUAACAUUAGAUUUUAUUACCAUAUAACAGAAAAUGAUGCACAACUGAAAUAAAUUAAAUCUGCACAUAUUAAAAAAUAGCUGUAACAAUUCAAAUUGCAAACAAUCAAAUUGGAACAGAAACCAAAGUUUAACUUAAAUGAAACACAAUUAAAUAAAUUAAACAAAUCUAAAAAAGAAAAUAGAGGAUCAAGAUUAGAAUUAAAAUUUGAACAAAUUAAACAAGGUGGAUUUCUUCCACUUCAUUUCACUGGAAUAGGAACUGCAAGUGAAGUAGGGUGAAUAAGUUUGAUUGCAAAUCCUAUUAUAGAAGGAAAACAUAAGAUAGCAGCAGAAAAAGAACAAGAAAGUUAUAAUAAGGAAAUAGAAAAAUUGAUAAAACUUUACAAAUUGGAUCUGGAAUUAAAUAGAAGAAAAAAUAUCUUAAUACUUCCUGUCUUAAAAAAAAGAAAAUUGAUCGAUUAACUAAUUUUGAUAUCAUAAAAGUUGGUUGAAAAAUUAAAAAUUUUUGAGNAGAAUAUUAAAUUUAAAUAAUUCCAAUCAAGAAGGAUCACAUUGGGUUGAAUGGAUAAAACAUGAAAAUUUAAAUAUUUAUUUUGAAUCUUAUGAUUAUGCUAAUCCACCAAAAGAAUUGGUAAAAUAUUCAGGAGAAAAUAAUAUUAAAAUAACAUCUAGAAGAUUUCAAUACUAUUAUGAUCCGCCUAUUUUUGGAUAUUUGUGUUUGAAUUUUAUUAAAAAUUAUAAAAAAUAUACCUAAUUUAUAUAUCUAAAUCUUUUUUUAAUCAGGUCUCUGAUUUAAAAAAUAUUCAUAUUUCUUUAUUAAAAAAAAAACUUUUAUUUUCUUUAAAUAGUAAAAAAUAGGAAAAAAUAGCUUUAACAAUUCAAACAUUUUAAGAGAGUUAAAGAUAAUGAUGCAUUGUUCACAUUGGCUUCUACAACUGCAGCAAUACCAGCUGUUGGAAAAGUUAUUAUUGAGGAUUUUAAUAUUACGAUCCCACCAGUGGAAUAUCAAGAAAUGUAUAAAAUAAAAUUAAUAAAGGAAUUAACAAAAUUAUCUCAAGGAAAUAAUUACAGGUUAAAUUUUAAAUCUUGGCAAUGUAUGGAUGAAACCAAUUUAAUUGGUAAAACAUUUAAGAGAAAUAUGGCAAGUAGAUAUAGAAAUAAUCAUAAUCCAUUAUUCGCAAUUGUAGUAUUCCAAACAAAUUUAGAUAACAGGAUUAGAUUUAAACUAACAAGAUUAGAAACAGGAUUAAAAAAAGCUUCUGUAUUUGAUCAUUGUUAUAUAAAAAAUCUUAAGUUGAAAAUUUAUGGAUAGAGAUAUCCACAAGAAUCAUUAAAUUUAGAUCCAAAAAAUGAGAAAUUUUCACUUGCCUAUAAUAUGUAUAUAUCAUAUCAGAAAACUUUCCAUAAAUACAUCAAGAACUUUUACUGAUAACACAAAACACAAUUAGAAAAAAUAUCUAAAACUAUAGAAAUAUUUUUUUAAUAGAAAUAUUCUAUUAAGAAAGAAAAAUUAAUUUAUUAUUUUAAUAAAUAAGGACAACGAAUUUUUAGAACCAAGACACUGUCACAAAUGCAAAAAGAAAAUUAAAAAUUUUAAUUAAUUCAAGGUUCAAUCAGUGGUCUAUGGAGAAUUUCAACACAAUGUUUAAAAUAUAAAACAAACAAAUGUAAAUUUAUUAAAACUCUUAUAGGAAAAGAAAAUCACAUAGUAUUGAUGAUUUGUGGGCUGCAGAUUUAGUUUUAAUGAAAAAUUAUGGUGAUGAAAAUUCAGGUUAUUUAUAUAUGUUGAAUAUUAUAGAUAUUUUUUCAAAAUUUACUUGGUCUGAAUCUCUUAUGAAAAAAGAUUGCAAAAAUGUUACUAAAGGUUUGGAAGAAAUAAUAAAAAGAGUUAAACUACAGAAACAUAAUUCAUCAACUGCAUUACCAAUUACUUCACACUGA